CUUGAAAUGCGAGGCAGUGAUUUAGAUUUAAUGCGCGUUUAUAGACACUUAGAGGUUUAUGAAGAUAUAAAACCCCAGUUUAAUCCAAAUGUAACAUAUUUUUCAAUGGAAAGAGACGAUGUUAAACCCGGUUUUACUCAGUUGAAACUAGAUUAUUGCAGAUGUCAGUGUAUCUUAAAACAAUGUGAAGAACAAAAUGAUAAACAUUAUUUUUCGAGUACAUUAUAUAAACAAAGGAUGAACUUCAACGAUCAAGAUAUUUUAAUUACGAUUCAUGGACCCUGUAUAUCUGAACCUACAGGAUCUGUCGACUUCGCUGAUUGCUUACAUUGUAACACGUGGGUAUCUCCUGCAGGACAGUGGAUCACAAGAUCAAAUAACUCAUGGCCGAGUCAUAAUGUCAAACAAAGUAUUAUAAAACACGGAGUACUUUUUGUACCAAUUGGAGUUAAGGGCUCACCAAAAGAAGAUAUAGAAUGGCGAGUAUCUUUUUCAGUUGGUGAAAAGUUUCUAAUUAAUACCUUUACCCACACUCAACUACUGUGCUAUGCUCUGUUAAAAAUUAUAUUGAAAGAUGUAAUAGCUACUUUCUCCGAAUGUGAAGAUUUACUCUGUUCUUACUUCCUGAAAACAAUUGUGUUUUGGAUAUCUGAAGAACUACCACAAUCCGUAUGGCAACCUGCUUAUAUUAUUCCUUGUUUUAUGAGAUGUUUUAGAAGGCUGGUAUAUUGUGUUGAGCACUCAAGUUGCUUACAUUACUUCAUUCCCGAGAACAACAUGUUCGAAAAUAAAAUUGUGGGCCGUGCUCGUGAAGUACUUUUAGAAAAAUUAUAUUUGUUGCAUAGUUAUAAUUGGCGAUGCAUUUUAUUUUCCGAUCAAAUAUCCAACUUUAAUUUAGCAAUUUGGAAUUUCCCCAUCGAAUCGCAUUCUCAAUAUUCAAAAGAAAUCGAAAAAAUACUAAUAUCCAAGUUAUUGCUUUCUUCAAAUGCUGCUUUAACAUUCACGACAUCGAAUAUAGUCAAUAUUAGAAUGAAACAGAUGUAUUUGUUUCAGCAAUCUUCUAAAUCUACUAUUAGAGACGUAUAUAGAUUUUACUUGUCAAAGUGUUGUCAAGUUCAUGCCCAGAGUGUACCACUCAUUAGUACAUUACGUAAUAAUAAAUACCAAUACAAACAGUACAAAUCCUGUCUUAGUACUGUCAUAGAUAAUAUCUAUCAUGACGCUGUAUCUGGAUGGCUGAUGGUUGCUUCUCUUUUCUAUAAGACAAAACAAUACAGUAAAGCUUUAUACGUCGUCGGUUAUUCUUUAUCAAAAUGUACUCCAGAAAAACUUUAUUACCUGAUGACUUUAUCGGAUAUCCAUUACCAGUUGCUAAAACUGCAAACAUUUCAGAAACAUACUUUGGUAUAUUUGCUGAAAACAUUGGUUGUGGACAACAUACUAUUUGUGAGGAGUUCUACGUUAAUACCAGAUGAACUUGAAAUGAUCCAAUUAAAUCACAUGUGUAUAUUAUCAUCUACAGCGUAUGCUUACUUCCUUAAUUUCCUUUGUUAUUAUCAUCUCAAUGAUGUCAGACAAUGUAAAGAUUCCCUCCAAGGUUUACAACUGGUUAUAGAUGAAGGUUAUGUAAUGGUAUCUGCAGUUGUGAAAGCAGAGGCUUAUAUUCUCUUAGGCGUCGCUCUACAGUUAGUAGGCGAUAAGGAAUCCGCAAGACAUGCAUUUUUACAAUCAGUUAAAUUAUACCCAUCCGAAAUUCGCAAUUCUGUUGUAAAGAGACUUUUGUUAAUAGGUUAAUUGUACAUAUGUGUAUUCAGUUAACUUCUGUCAUUGUGGUAUUUGAUGAAGCAGAGUAUGAACUUGAUGGAGCAAAAUGUCACUACAGAAUGACAAACAAUACAUAUCAUAUAAAUAUUGAUUUAAGAAAUAUUUCCCUCAUGGCAUGCUCUAUGUUCAUUUUAACACGAGUAGGCAUUAAAUUUGCCUAUAUUUUACACAGAACGAAAGGGAGGUGUAAAAUAUAGUCAAAAUUAAUGCCUACCAAUGAUAUAACAACCAUAGAACUUGACAUGAAGGAAAUAUUUUGAGUCUAAUGAGACACAUAAUGUUGUGUAUAUGUCGAAACUUACGAAAAUACUGUAAGAACAUACUGUUCCCGUUUCCUUCUCCUGAAUUAUGUACAUUUCAUUUUCAUAUUUAACAAGUUUAAAAUAUAAUAGCAAGGAAAAUAUAGGAUGUUUUUAUAAUGAUGAUAUUUAAUAGACUUUUAUGUAAGCAGUUAGGAUCUAUAUAUAUAUUUUACUAGUAAACAAAGGAAAUACCGAUAAUGUAAACAGUAAGUUUGUGCGCAUGAGUCAAACAUAUGCUGUGCUAAAUAGAACAGGGAUUUGUUUACAUAGCAAAAAAGGACGUCAUAUUAGAAUUAUUUACAUUAUGAUCUUUGGUGAAGUUGCUUUGAUUAAACAGAUAUUUUUUUUAGUCAUGUUCCGAUAAGGUACGCGUCUCCGGCAUGCAAAACUGUUAAAUUAUUUAAUGAAAACAUUCAAUUGCAAAGCUUUGUUGUCACUAUAUAUGAAUUUUAUGCGACCAUCGAACAAGGGAGAAGGAAAUGUUUGUAGCAAGUCAGGACUAUGAAAGUUGUUAUCUAUUUGUUUGAUGUGUUUGAGCUUUUGGUUUUGCUAUUUGAUUCGUGUCAUUCCAUUUUGAAUUUUCCUCGGCGUUCUGUUUUUUGUGAUUUUACUUAACCAUCAAUAGAUAUACAUUUGAAAAUUGUAAUAAUUUCUACUAAGGCAUGUCUGGGAAAAUGGCGUAUGAUAAAAUAGAUACCAAAGUUUUAUAAAAAGAAAAAACACACACAAAAAGGCGGAUAAUAGCAAAAGAUCAUGAAGUAGUUUUACCCAUCUGCCAACCACGCCAUAUUCUUGCAUUACGCUACGAUAAAUAUACGAGUAUGUGUUACUACAAAGGCCAGUGAAACACAUGUUUACAAAAAUCUCAAGGCAGUGACGCUUUCACGUCCAGAAUCAGUGUGUGAAGGUAGACAAAUCAAUGUUCGUAAAAAUAUCUAGAGAUUUAAAUGAUUUUUCGAAUAGGAAUGAUAGUUCAACAUGUGUAUAUUUAGUCAAUUAUGAUUAGCGCACCCACAUUAAUUGCGAUGCCAACCAUCUAUCAGUAUCGUAUGAUAGUUUUGGGGAAUACAAUAGUUUUGGAGAACAUCAAAUAAUGUUGGGUAAUUACUAACAUGUCUAAUAGUUUUGGGAAUAUCUUAUAAUUUUGGGGAAUAUCUUAUAGUUUUGGGGAAUAUCUAAUAGUUUUAGGGGAAUGUCUAAUAGUUUUAGGGGAAUAUCUAAUAGUUUUAGGGGAAUAUCUAAUAGUUUUGGGGAAUAUCUAAUCGUUUAGGAGAAUAUACCAUAGUAUUGAGGAAUGUCGAAUAGU